UUACCGAAGCUGGAGGAUCCCGUCAAGAAUUCGUUUCGGAAUGCAGGACCUGUAUUGUUCCAUGAAGCGCUCUCUGCCAUUCCGCUCGACAGCACACCCUUUGCAGUAAAACGCUCGUCACAUUGGAUACGAAUCGGCUUUGUUAGAGCGGCGAUUUCAUUUACCACCAUCCGAGCAGCAUCUGUGAUAUAUCAACAAUGAGACCCGACAUUCCAAGCCAUUCAAGAUGCCCGCUAAGACGACUUACACUGACGUGCUCAUCGUCGGCGCUGGGCCGGCAGGACUCAUGAGCGCAGUAUGUUUGAGCCGUCUCGGUAUUUCUUUCAAGAUUAUUGAUAGACGACUUCCUGGCGAGGCCGCAGGACAUGCUGAUGGCAUUCAACCCAGGACGACGGAGAUUUGGGAUACGCUAGGUAUGGGCGAUAGAUUGAGGAAGAUAGGCGUGAAGAUGUGUCAGAUGGCUAUGUACACUGCCAACGAAGACAAUACUGGUGUGCGGUUGACCGGCCAAACACCUAACUCGAACGUACCUGGCACUAAAUAUCCAUACGAGAUAAUCCUACGCACGGAAGACAUCGAAGGAAUCAUGACUGAUACUAUCGCAACGUAUGGCGUAAGAGUGCAGCAGCCGACUGUACCGCGAAAACUGGUAGUCCUCGACAAUUUAAAUUCCACAGACGGAUAUCGCGUAGAGAUCACUUGUGUCAACCUGAACGCAGACCGCGUGCGUGAAGGUCAAGUGCCUUUACGAGAGAGGGGCUCGGUCGCGGAGGAUCCCUCCUAUAUCAACAAUGUCGAAGUAUUCCGUGCGAAAUACGUAAUCGGAUGUGACGGCGCACACUCCUGGGUACGCGGCCAGUGUGGGAUCGCAAUGGACAGUAGCGAUGCUGGUGUCUCAUGGGGUGUCAUUGACUUCACUCCAGUCACCAACUUGCCAACGCCUCGUGCGAAGAACAUUAUACAGUCGCCGCUUUCCGGGAUAUUAGCAACCAUCCCUCGUCCGGAUGACACCAUGCGGAUCUACGCAGCCUGGAAGGAGAACACAGCUGUCACGAACGAAAUGCAGCUCGCUGCCAUGAUGGAGUCCAAGUUACCAGAGUUCAUCAAACGCGCCUUUCUGCCAUACCAGUUCGAAGUCAAGGACAUAACGUGGUGUGGGCAGUAUACUGUCGCCCAACGUGUUGCCUCAUCCUUCUCGUAUGCGGAUUGCGUCUUCAUCGCCGGCGAUGCGUGUCACACGCACUCACCCAAUGCGGGACUAGGUGCUAACGCAUCUAUGUCUGACGCAUACAAUCUAGCAUGGAAGCUAGCCUACGUACUCCACGGAUGGAGUAAUUUGGAUAUGUUAGGGACAUACGAGGCAGAACGUAGGCCCUGCAGUGUCGAGCUUAUUGAGCUUGACAAGAAGAUCCAUGAACUCGAUGCACUGGACGGUGCGUAUCCGGAGGAAUACGUUAGACUGUUGCAACGUCAGAGAAUGUUUGCAACAGGGAUUGGGCUGGAAUACAGAUCUCGGCUUACGGAAAACACUUUCCAGAGCCUCAUACCUGGGCUGCUACUGGGACAGCGUAUACCUCCGGGCGACAUCUUGCGAUAUCACGACUGGAAUCCGUGUGAUCUGCAAGAUCUGCUACCUUAUAGUCUGAGUUUCAAGCUGAUCCUGUUCCCGGGAGACGUGAUCGAGAAUAUCCCUCGGCACCGGCUUCUUGACUUUCUCUCGGUUCUUGAAGGCACGUUGACGGCACACAUUGGAAAAGAACUCGAGGUAGCCGCGAUUCUCAACGUCAAAAAGGCCGCCUUUCAAACUCUUCCGCAACUUUCUGAGAUCCUUCCAAGUACACGGAUAUACCUCGACGAUCGGUUGAUAUCAACAACUCCUGAACAUCAGGGUCGGCUUCAUGAGUCGCUGGGCAUCCGAAGGGAUUUCGCCGCUGCCGUUCUAGUCAGACCUGAUGGGUAUACUGCUAUGAUUUUGCCUAUGGACCGCGACGGGGUACGAAGGAUUAGGAAUUACGUGAGAUCGUUGAGCAGUAGGGACGCAAUUGUGCUGCAGACACCCUCGGGAUUGGCGGCGCGUCUAUAAUGAUAUUGUGGCCAGGCCUCGAUUGCAGGGCGAUAGGCUAAUCAUUCAUCACCUUUGUCGAGAUACAAUAUCAGGCUCGCUCGCGAAGCCUGUGAGCAGUGAUCCUUGGUGUGUGAAUAACAAAUCAAAAGACGCUAGUACUUCUC